UUCCCUCCAACGGCCGCCGAGACUCCGCGCGGCUUCCGCGGACCCAGCGGCGAAUCGAUACUCACGCGGGAAGCGACGGGGCGCCUCGAGGAGGAGAAGCCCCGCACGCCAUGCAGUCCCCUCCGGACUGGCCCCCGGCGUCCGGCGCCCUACGGCCCUCUCCCUUCCCGCACCCUGGGCUGCACGCCCUCCACCGCCUGGCUCGGGCCCUGCUCUUCCCGGCUUACUGGGCCCUGGACCAGCUGCUGGGCCGCUGCGCGCCGGCUGCGCGCCCGCGGCGGGCCGAGGCUGUGGGCGCCGCGCUGCUCGCCGGCCUGCGGCCCUCGCGCUAUGGGGCCACGGGCUGCAGUCCGCCGGGGCCGGGGGCGCCCUGCGGAGUGCUGACAGCUGAGGUCCCGGCAGGUCUGGAAUUCGUGUGCCUGCAGGAGGUGUUCGACCUGCGCGCGGCCCACCGCCUCGUGAGCCGCCUGGCGCCCAGUCUGGGCCCGGUGCUGUACGACGUGGGCUCGUAUGGCCUGCAGCCCGGGCCGUACCUCAAGCUGCUCGGCAGCGGGCUGCUGCUGGCCUCGCGCUACCCCCUGCUGCGCGCCACCUUCCGAUCCUUCCCCGACGCACGUCGCGAGGACGCGCUGGCCUCCAAGGGACUGCUUUCCGCACAGGCGCAGGUGGGCAUCCUGGACGGGCGCCGCGUCGUGGGCUUCCUGCACUGCACGCACUUGCAUGCGCCGAGCGAGGACGGUCCCUUGCGCUGUAAACAGCUGACGCUCCUACUGGACUGGAUCGAGCAGUUUGAAGCCGAGAGCCGCCAGAGUGGCGAGACCGUGGCCUUCAGCGUGCUCCUGGGCGACCUAAACUUCGACAACUGCUCCUUAGACCACGCCGAGGAGCAGGAGCACCAGCUCUUCAGCCACUUCCGGGACCCGUGCCGGCUGGGCGCACGCCGGGAUCAGCCCUGGGCCCUGGGCACGAUACUGACCACUUCCACCCUCCGCCACUCGGAGGCCUGCUCCCCGGAGAUGUUAAGGAGGGCCCUGGAGCAGGAGACAGGGCGCCACCGCUACCUGGCGGGCCCUCCGGGCGGAGGCCACCGAGCUGAGCCCUGGCGGGGCCGGCGCCUAGACUACAUCCUGUACCGGGGAGCGGCGGGAGGCCCGCUGGGCCCGGAAGUGGAACAGGUGACAUUCAGUACGGCCCUGGCGGGGCUCACAGACCACCUGGCCGUGGGACUUCGGCUCCGAGUUUCCGUGCCCUCCUGACGCAGGCUCGCACGCGACAGUUGAUGAAAGACGGACACGGACGCUGAGCGUGAGCCUGGCUCCGGCUGCCGCGGGGACAGGGUGACCUCGCUCUUUAUUGUGGGGCCUCCCUCACACCGCCUCCUGGGCUCUGCGGUACUCGUAGACGCUGCCGCGCUCAGAGAAGGCUGGGGGCUGCGGGGGCGACCCCGGCGGUGGGGCGGGGUCCUCCGGGUCCCCGUAGCCCCCACCACCUGGUGUGUGAAGGCAGAACACGUCCUGUGGAGCAGAGGGGCGGGCUCAGUGCCGGCGUGGUCGCCCCCAGGCCUGCCUCUCGCUGCAGCCCCAUCCCCCCGGGGCACUGCAUUCACAGCAGCGGCCUGGCCCACUGCGCGCCCUCUCUCCUUCGGAAACCAAAUUAAAUUCAGAUUCUGGUUAUUUUUGCAA